GAAAAGAAGACGAUGCGAAAAGCGCCAGCCGAAACUACGUCCUCUGGUCUACAAUGGCGUCAAGAUCAUGUCGUACGGAUUUAUUCGGAAUUCCGGAUCUCAAGGUUUUUCUGCUUUACGCGGGCCAUUUGCAAGUAGCGUCAUCGAGCAGCUCUUGACAGGCACAGCCUGGCGAGACCUCGACUACCUGGUCAUCGAUUUCCCUCCGGGGACUGGCGACAUUCACAUAACCCUCUCUCAGGCGGUGAACAUUGAUGCGUGCGUUGUAGUGACGACGCCUCAAACGCUGAGCGCACUAUCCAUAUUUCGUAGGCAAG